GUUAUGGAGCUGUGUAUAACUUAUACACAUGUAUUGUGUUUAUCGACAAGGAUACCUUUUAACGUUACUUAAUAUAUCCAUGUAGUGAUGGUCUAACUUUUGGAAAUGCAGAACUUGAAAUUCCAUUUAAGUGUCUUUGCUCUUUGUUUCAUUCAAGAAUCCGUGUCAACUGACAUCGUGAUCACUCCAAAAGUGAUUGAUGAGCUUGAGAAAAGCAACGUUUCCUUCAAAUGUGUUCACAAUGGAACUGGCUUAAGAAUGACAUGGCGGCGAAAAGAUCAGAGCAAUAUCUGCUAUUUUGAAACACAUGAUUGUAGUGUUCUCAUAACAACACAAGACAGAACCACGUGCACAUGCGAAAAAGAUUCUAAGAACGAAACAACCGUCUCUUUACAAAUAUCAAAUAUCUCAAGUGCUGAUCACAAUACUUCCUGGUUUUGUGCAGUCGUUUAUAUGACAGAAAUCCUCAGUCAAAAAGCAUCUUUAUUGGUCAAAGUUCCAGUUAAAACAUUGACUAUCACGCCCUUUGCGAAGUCCAUACAGAUUUCUGAAAAUAAUACGACACUGUUUACUUGCAAAACUUCCUAUAGUCGGCCGAUUCCCGCGAUUAAAUGGAUUCUAAAGGAUCACAACCACUUGGAAUUAACUGGAGAGCAAACAAAUAAAACUAACCAUAUAGGUAUGACUUCAGCGGAGAGUGCUCUUAAUUACAAACCUAGCAGAACAAAUAACGGUCGGAAGCUGUGUUGUAUUGUCUCCAAGUCGGAAGUGCAAAAGGAAGAAAUAUCAUCAAGUUUAAUAUCAAUUAAUGUCACAUAUCCACCUGAUUCCACCCUAAUGAUAAAUGGGUUUCUCUCAAAUGGAAUUUAUUAUGUUAUUGAAAAUAACUCAGGUACUUUAACUUGCAACAUCACUGGAGGAAAUCCUAAGCCAUUAUUGUCAUGGACUAGAUGUUUUGAUAAUGAAAUUAAUUCUGGCAGCUCCUCUACAGCAGAAAGUGUGACAAAUACUUGGCGGGCAAUGUCCGACACUGAUAGAUUUUGUACUUGUCAAUCAAUUCAAAUGGAAAGAAAUGACUCUGUGUCUAUAAAAGUCAAAGUCUUAUAUCCUCCUACCAUACCAAUACUCACGUACGGUUCAUUAAAUGUGUCAGGAAAUAUAUAUAUAAUACAAAACGAACAACUGUUGUUGGAUUGCAGUAGCAAUAGUAAGCCCCCUCCAACUUAUCAAUGGGAAGCAAAACGCAUACCAGUUACUUUCAAUAAAACAUUGCAAAUUCUGGUGACGGAAAAAAUGCAUGAAGGAAAUUAUACGUGUCUUGUUACAAAUACAAUGAACGCAACCGAGAGAAUACAGAAUGGUUCAAGUAGAAGCACUGUUGAAGUCCAUGUUCUUUAUCCGCCUACAAUCAACACAUUAGAAAACCUGACAUUUAUAGAAGGAGAUACUCUUAACUUUUCAUGUUCGGUAACUCAUGGAAACCCAAAGGAAACGGUAUUUUUAUGGACAUCUGAGGGGCAUAUGACCUGGUCAAGUCAAUAUAUAACAAUACGUAACAUUUCAAGGGAUGACGACAUGAAUUACAACUGCAGUGUUUACAACAUUAUGACACCAACUGGACAAUCACCUGUUAAAGGAACAGACAGUAAAAUGUGGCAUCUAUCUGUAGAUUACUAUGCGACAAUAAAGGAGUUUUUUGUGCAUGGAUACAAAUCUGAGCAUAAUGUUACAACAACUGAAUAUGACAACGUUACCUUUAUAUGCGACAUUGACAGUAAACCAAUUUCGAAUACAAGUCUACGAUUUACGACGGACACAUCUUUGGUUUGGACUCAUUCAAAUAUGCUGAGUUAUACACUUGGCUCUGCAAAAUGUACAGAUGCUGGAACCUAUUCUUGUUUCGGCAAAAACAAACACAACAUCGGAGUCGGUUCAACAAAGCAACUGAAUUUAUUUAUAAGAUGUUCACCGAGAGCUAAUCCAACAGUUCCAUUCACUACAAACUUAACAUUAGCAAGUAAUGUUACUGCCGUUCUUUAUUUUCCUAUCCUUGCCUACCCUAAACCAGAAAGUGUUAUUUGGCAGAAAUAUUCAAUGUCUAAUUGGAUAAGUGUUACAUCAAACAACAAUAUCAAUAUAUCAAAUAAUGAGUUAAAUGUAAGUCUAUCUAUAUACAACUUGAUGGAGACCGAAUUCGGGCGAUAUAGGCUAAUUAUUUCUAAUGAUGUUGGUUCAUACAUACAAAACUACUACAUCAACGCUGAAGACAGACCAAAUCCUCCGACGGGCUUUCGUGUUCUCAACAAAUUAACAACAGCUUCAACUGCAACAGUACAAUGGUUUCCUUCUUUUAAUGGUGGAAAACCCCAACAUUUUGUAUUGAACUACUCCAAAUCACUACAGAAACACUGGACACACGAAGAAAUAGAAGACACAGGGGAACCAGUACUUAUUUAUACGAUAAAUGGAUUGUCAAGCAAUUCUGUCUACUACAUCUUUUUACAUUCUGUUAAUAUGUUAGGAUCAUCUAAGUUGUCUGCACGUCUUGAAAUCAAGACCAAAGAGGGGAUGCAUAUAGAUGGUAACACCAGCUUCGUCGGGACAACUAUAGGGAUUAGUAUCGGUGCUGUCCUGUUGUUGCUUAUACUAUUCAUUGGUAUAUACACAUUAAGAAGGUUUAAGCUGAGAUAUCAACACACAAGUAAAAACGUAUAUCAAAACACUAUUGGACCAUCAACACAAAAGAUAAAUUCUACAACUGAAUACGGAGGCAUCGAUCUUAAUACAGUUGGAGCAAACAUAGAACCGAAUGACCCAAACAACACAGACACAAGUACGGACGCUCUUCCACAAAAUCCUUAUGAGAAACUUGAUAAAAUCUUGAAAGACAGUAAUCAGUAUAGUGAACUUAAACAAAUGGAUGAAAACCGUGAAGAUGUUUUCUGGAAAAGUAAUUCUGAUUCAGCUCCAGAUGCCUUGCAAAAAGACUUCAAUAAAGCAAUAUAUAUGAAUAUGAAAAUAUGAGGAUCAAAAUCCUCAUGAAAUCAACACUGGUUAAUAUUUGUUAUGUUUGUGAUUGCUUUUAACUUCCAGCACAGUUAUGUUGU